AUGCCCGCCAAGAGGGCCUGCGGACUGCGGUGCACUCUGGUAGUGGGGGCAGGCGUCAUCUGGUCCGCAUGGUGUACAUCGAGAAACUCUGGCGCUGCCGGAUCCGGCUUCUCGGACAUCGGGCAGAAGAUCCUCGACAGACAGCCAAACUGGCUCAUUCCACCGACUAGAUGGCGGCCACAGACAUUCACCCACCAGCCAAUUCGCUACCGCACGCCCACGCCUUAUCCGAAGGAUGAUAGGAAACGGAUGGAGGAACCCGCUGAGACCGCCUCCAUUCAUGUCCCGGAGAAGGCUCUCAUCAUCGAGACUCCGGUCGUCAACCACUUUGAAAUGGCCAACCUAUAUCGCAAGCACACGUGCGCGCAACCAUUCAAGCCGCAGGUCCAGAAACCCCAAGCGGCGCUCACCAUUUCCUGGGAACUCGCUCCUCGUCUGAACCGUUUUGAGCGGGUUCCAUAA